GACGGGAAGGAGGUAGCGAUGAUCAGCGGCAAGGGUUGUGUUUUGGGCGAAGUAUCUGUGGUUGAAGGAGAUACGAUCACUUGGAAGGUCACGCCCAAAGGUCGGAGCCAGUCCUUCACCCUCCCAGCAUCAGCAAAACCAAUCCGACCACGGGAUAUCAUCUGCCUCCUCCAAGGGGCAUCAAGGCCUUCAAUCAUUAGGCUGCACAAAGAUUUCUCGGCUGUUAUCAAGAUUGCGGUUUCCUUUGUAGACAAUUCAGAUAUUCCAAAUACCAAGUGGUCAGAACGUCUAGAAUCCCUAGACGACUUC